AUGACUGAGAAAAAGGAUUGGGAUUAUUUGUUAAAAUUUCUUAUUAUCGGAGAUACUGCUGUUGGUAAAACAGCAAUGCUUUUGAGAUAUACUGAUAACACAUUUACAGAUGCAUUUAUUGCAACUAUCGGUGUUGAUUUUAAAGUUAAAAAAUUGGAAGUAAAUGGAAAACGAUUAAAAAUUCAAGUCGUUUCUGGGCAAGAAAAAUUUCAUACAAUCACUCAAUCAUAUUAUCGAGGAUCUCAUGCUGUCAUUGUUGUUUAUGAUUGUACUGAUAAAAAGACAUUUGAAAGUACAAAAAAUUGGUUAGCUGAAACUGAAGCUGAAAUUGCUGGAAAUGCAGUUAGAUUAUUAGUAGGUAAUAAAUGUGAUAUGCCAAAACAAGUUAGUACUGAAGAAGGUCAAUCAUUUGCAAAUUGUCAACACGUUCAUUUUAUGGAAGUUAGUGCUAAAACAAAUACUAACAUUGCUGAAGCUUUUAACUAUUUAAUUAAUGAAGUUGUUAAAAAGUUAGAAGGAAGUUCAAAACAAUCUUCUGGUAAAGCUAAUGUUAAUAUCAAAGAAAGUAAGAAAACAAAAUCAAAGUGCUUCUUAUUUUGA